AUGAAUACAGUUGCAUACUUCGGUAAUACGACGGGUUGCCCUUAUGGGUUCAAACCCUAUAUAGAUAAUACCGUCAACGCCUUAAAUCCAUGCUUUCUGUCGAUGGUGUCGAUGGGCCAAGCCCUGUUUUUCUUAGCGGUUGGUGCCGUUCAACUUAUCCAGUUGUGGCGAAGUGAUAAGGCACCUCGAAAUUUGGCAGCUAAAAUACUAGUGCCAACGGUGGUCCCCAAGAAACACCUGCUUCACUUGUCGUCGAUUAGUUUACAGUUUGUUCUUUUAAUGUGCCAACUGAUCCUUGUAAGCAGUGUACAAUCCACGCCGUCUGUUUUGAAGUAUAAUAUCAUAUCGAACUUGACGUUUGUACUGAUAAUUUCGCUCCCUACACAGUACUUGCAAUAUUUUAAAAGCAUAUGUUCCAUUGGGAACCAGUUAUUUUAUUAUUUAUUCCAAAUAAUAUUGCUAGGUUUCGAAGUACUGCAGAAAUACUCCCACUAUCCAGAUGAAGCAUAUAAUCUAACCCAUGGUACACUAUCAUCUGUACUGGAAGCUGCAUUACUCCUAAAUGCAUUCAAUAUUUUCUUAUACGAUGUCUACUUGUUCGAACCGGCGGAGCAAAUAAAGGCGUAUUAUAAGGAGAAGAGUUGGUUCCCAACAGUACACGUCUUUGCCAACCUCACUUUCACUUGGAUGAAUGAAUUGAUUAUGGAGACAUACCACAACAACAAACUGAGAGACCCAAAUAACCUUCCACUACCCCCCGUCGACCUGGAUAUUGCCAGUAUUUGUAAAGAGGUGGAGAAAAACUGGGAGGUACAAAAAUGGGAAAACAAGUUUUCUCUAUUCACCGCCUUGUGGCGGACCUUUGCGUUGAGUAUUGUUUUUGCGUUUACCUUUGAAACUUUAAAGGACCUUUUGACUAUUCUAGAGCCCCAAUUUUUGAGGUUAUUCAUAAUACGCUUUAACCCAAACGUGGUUUCAACUUAUCCAAUACUUCACGGUGUAUUUAUUGCACUUGCUCUCUUUUUGACUAAUGUGAUUUCGACACUUUUAGGCAAUCAGUUUUACAUCACAAUUUUUCAAGUCGGUUUGGGAAUUAGAGGUUCUCUUUCUACAAUGAUUUACAGAAAGAGCCUGAAGCUAUCGCAUUCAGCAAAGGAGGAGUUUUCAACGGGGGAUAUUUUGAAUUAUAUCUCGGUUGAUGUACUCAAAAUUCAAAGAUUUUUCGAAAAUUCACAGUCCAUCAUUGGUGCACCUAUCCAGAUGGUAAUUGUACUAAUUUCUUUAUAUCUAUUACUAGGCAAGGCAACGGUAGGUGGUCUCAUCCCAAUGUUUAUCAUGAUGCCAAUUAAUGCAAUGCUUUCAAGAAAGGUUAAGGGCCUAUUUAAAACUAAAAUGCAAUACAAUGACGCAAGAAUCAAAACUACAAGUGAAAUGCUAAACUCAAUGAAAUCCAUAAAGUUAUAUGCAUGGGAGAAGCCUAUGUUGAAAAGAUUGAGUUAUAUUCGUAAUGAUCUAGAGCUGGCAAACUUAAAAAAAAUUGGAAUUGCGACAAAUCUAAUUUACUUUGCCUGGAACUGCGUGCCCUUGGUAGUUACCUGUUCUACCUUUGCUAUCUACUCUCUCAUAACCGAUAAUCCACUAACUCCGGAGCUAGUAUUUCCUUCUUUGUCCCUGUUCAAUAUACUGAACGACGCCAUAUACACAAUCCCAGCUACAAUAAGCCAAAUUAUUGAGACCAAUGUCUCAAUAGGAAGAGUGAAAAAAUUCCUUUUGGGUGAAGAGCUGGACAGAUCAUUCAUUGAGGAAAUAGCUGAUAAGCACGAUGAGUCUCCAUUUGCAGUCGAAAUACUCAACGCUACAUUUCUUUGGAAAUCUAAAGCGAGCCUCCAAGCAGGCGAUGGCACCGACGAAGAGACAUCUAUUGGGUCAACGGUGGUCGCAUUGAAAGAUAUAGAUUUCUUUCGGGCAAAAAAGAAUGUUUUAACCUGUGUGGUAGGUAGAGUAGGUUCUGGUAAGACGACAUUACUGAAGUCAAUAUUAGGGCAGUUGCCUUGUACAAGCGGUUCACAGAAAGCAAUUCCACCUAAACUGAUAAUUAGAGGUGAAUCUGUUGCAUACUGUCCUCAAGAAGCCUGGAUUAUGAAUGAUUCAAUCAAGGAAAAUAUACUUUUCGGGCAUAGAUACGAUGAAACUUUUUACAAUCUGACAGUCAAGGCUUGCGAACUGCGACCCGAUUUUAAGAUUCUGCCAGAUGGCGAUAACACGUUGGUAGGGGAAAAAGGUAUCACUCUGUCUGGGGGACAAAAGGCAAGAUUAUCUCUUGCCAGAGCGGUAUAUUCGCGUUCUGAUAUUUAUUUGCUGGAUGAUGUAUUGUCUGCUGUUGACGCGGGUGUCCGUAAAAGCAUUAUCCACCGGGUUUUGGAUUCGGAUACUGGUUUGCUGAAAAAUAAAGCAAUUAUUCUAACGACCAAUGACAUUUCUGUAUUGGAACACUCUGAUAGGAUAUAUGUCCUGCAGGAUGGGCGCAUUAUUGAAGAAAGCACAUACGCAGAAGCGAUUGAAGAUAAUGAUGUGAAACCUUUUCUGUAUAAGCUGCUGAAGGAAUUUAGAGCGAAAUUUGGCAGUUUGGAAUUGCAAUCGUCGACCUCUUCAGAGAUUAAAUCUUCUGCAUCUUUUAUAAAAGGGGCAGAAUUCCAAGACAUAGAAGAUGCUAUUGAUCCUGUUGUGGUAGAGGUUGACUCAAGAAGAGCAUCACUGGUAACACUGAGGCCCCACCCCUUUGUGCAGAAGGACAAAGGGGAUAGCGCGAACAAUUCAAAUGCCGAAGCAACUGCGGUGGGUAAAGUAAAAUGGUCUGUUUACAUCACCUAUGCGAAGGCCUGUGGAAUAACGGGCGUUGUUUUGUUCUUCUUAUUCUUGAUUUUGUCAAGGCUAUUCGACCUAGCAGAAACUUUUUGGUUAAAAUAUUGGUCCGAAUACAACCAGAAAUAUAACAAAAACAUUGAUGUUUGGAAGUUUGUCGGUAUCUACGCAUUAAUUGGUAUUGCUUCUGCAGCGUUUAACAAUUUACGAACGAUCAUUCUUUUGGUAUACUGUACUAUUAGAGGAGCUAAGAAACUUCACGACAAUAUGGCCCACGCUAUAGUCUACAGUUCAAUGCAAUUUUUUGAAACUACACCAAUUGGUCGCAUCCUUAACAGAUUUUCUGCUGAUAUCGACACUGUCGAUUCGACAUUGCAAAUGGUGUUUAUGGUUUUUUUCAAAUCAAUCUUCAGUUAUCUGAUCACUGUCAUAUUGAUUACUAUUUCGAUGCCUCUGUUCUUAGUUUUCUGUUUGUUUUUGAUGGUUAUCUACAUUUACUACCAAAAAUUAUUCAUUGUGCAGUCCAGAGAGUUGAAAAGAAUGACGAGUAUCUCUUACUCCCCAAUCAUGUCUCUCGUAGGUGAGAGUUUGGGCGGGCUGGCCGUUAUCAGAGCCUACAAGCACUUUUCUAUGUUCAAAUAUCUGAACAACGAAAGAGUGCAGUUCAACAUAAAUUGUGUUUUCGACUACAGAUCGACGAAUAGGUGGUUGUCGAUACGUUUACAGACUAUUGGUGCACUCAUGGUGCUAAUUACAGGGAUGUUAUCUCUGUCUACCAUAUCCUCGAGCAAGCCGUUAACAGCAGGUAUGGUUGGUUUAUUGAUGAGCUACGUUCUUCAGGUCACCACUUCUUUAAUGUGGAUUGUGAGAUCAUCUGUGAUGAUUGAGACGGGUAUUGUUUCUGUUGAGAGAAUAAUGGAGUAUUGUGAGUUACCAAGUGAGGCUGAGCAAAUUGUUGACGACUACAGACCUGCAAGCAAUUGGCCCUCCAAGGGUGCCAUUCAGUUCAAAAACUAUUCGACACGGUACAGGGCAAAUCUCGAUCCUGUUUUGAAAAAUAUCAGCAUAAACAUCAACCCAGGUGAGAAAGUUGGUAUAGUGGGAAGAACAGGUGCAGGAAAAUCCACCCUCACGUUAGCUUUGUUUCGUCUGCUGGAGCCAAUUGAGGGUACUAUAAUUAUUGAUGGUAUGGAUAUAUCGAAAAUUGGGAUAUCUGAUCUUAGAAGUCAUCUGGCUAUUAUUCCUCAGGAUGCACAAGCCUUUGAAGGAACUGUUCGUUCAAACCUGGAUCCGUUCAAUAUGUUUUCUGAUAAAGAAUUGGACACCGCUAUCACCUUGUCCCAUUUGAAGCCGCAUUUGAAGAAAUUAAUGGAAGAGAGUGGAAGUGAGUUGCCGUUAAACGACUACUUAGAACUGGGAAUUAAGGAGAGUGGAUCCAGUCUAUCCGUCGGACAAAGGCAGUUACUGUGCCUGGCUCGCGCCCUUUUGAAUAGGUCAAAAAUAUUGGUGUUAGAUGAGGCUACUGCUUCCGUGGACGUCGAAACGGACAAAAUUAUCCAGGCAACAAUCAGGGAAUCGUUCAGUGAUAGAACAAUAAUUACUAUUGCGCAUAGAAUUGAUACCGUGCUCGACAGUGACAGAAUUUUGGUUUUGGAACAAGGUGAGGUUAAAGAAUUUAAUUCUCCCGCUUCCCUUCUAGCAGAUAAAUCAACCUUGUUUUACCAACUUUGUGAAAAAGCUGGCCUCACAUAA